AUGACUACCAAAGUACAAUGCGAAACCCGGGUUGAUGAUGUUUGGUCAGUGCUGGUGCUGCUGAAACGGAGACGGGUAAGGCUCGCCUCAAAUCCGAGCGCGCCGUCAUUGGUCGAUCUUCACUGGGCAGACCCGAAGUCACGGAUCGGCUUCCGUGCGGGAUUCCGGUCGAUGCUGAAACGAAUGCUUGACCGUCCUUAUUUUGGAAGGCUGAAGCAAGCUAGAGACAUGUGCAGGGUCAUCGUUUCAAGCAGAACCAGGACCGUUUUCACCGACCGCUUUCGGUUACGGAUGUCUUCCAGCCAAUCCAAGCCGCAGGUGACAGAUCCAUCUGCUGCUGCUGCUGCUGCCCUCUCUGGGACUGAUGCCGAUUCGACCCAGGGGGCGGGAUCGAGCAACCCUCUUUUGAUGUCCCUCUUUGCGCGGGGACUGCCAUCGCUAGGAGAUUGA